UGUCUUGCCUCCUAGUAUAGUAAUCGCUUCCAUGUUUUCCCCGAAUUUAAUCAGUUCCAGGCGAGUUGGUGUCGAGUAUAAAAUUAGCUCAAGCUCAAAGUAUCAUGUUUGUCCAAAUUCGACCCACAUUCUAUGAAUGAUCAAAAGAUUUUGAUAGCCAAAAUGAACAACAUAGAAAGUCAUGUAUAACCAAAAAGGAAACAACAAUAGAGGCUAGAUGAUCUGCACUUUGUGGACAAAGGAAAGCAAUCAUCACUAGUACAUUGAAAUUAAUGUUAAUUGGUACAUAAUAUAUCCACCAACCAUUGAAUUUGUUGUUAACUCUUUGCCAAAUCUGUUAUUCUGCAUUUGCAACUGGCUUUUCAGUUCUACUUGCUACCCCCUCAAGAAUUCGAGUAACUAUGAAGCGAUCCAAGAAAACCUUCAAUGAUCAGCAAGUUUCUUCCGAUCACGAAAUAGGUGCUGUUUUGAAGAAUUCAGAGUUGAAAUGGGGUCCGAAUCCAAUGACACUCUUGGGUUUUAUAGUUGUUCUCUUGAUGGUUCUUACGGUUGUUUUCUCAGUUGUCUUCUUUUUUGGGGACUUACCUUCUGAUUGCUUGUGGACUUUGGCUGAAGCUAGAAUUUUUCAUAUUAAACAUUCAAAAGCCACGGUUUCUGAAGAGGACAUUCUGCAGCCACUGACAGUGCCAAAAGAUAAACUACUUGGAGGUCUUCUUCCUACUGGAUUUGAUGAAACAUCUUGUUUGAGUAGGUAUGAAUCACUCUUAUAUAGCAAACCUCUGCAGCAUAAGCCGUCCUCUUAUCUUAUCUCGGGGUUAAGAAGAUACGAAGCUCUUCACAAGCAAUGCGGACCUUACACAGAAUUAUAUAACAGAACAGUCAACCUCAUUAAGUCUGGUGAAUACAGUAGUGAUUCUUCAGCUUGUAAUUACGUCGUUUGGAUAUCCUAUAGUGGUUUAGGGAACAAAAUACUAACCUUAUCUUCUGCUUUCCUUUAUGCUCUACUCACAAACAGAAUCCUUCUUGUUGAUCCCCGAGUUAAUUUGCCUGACCUCUUCUGUGAACCUUUUCCUGAAGUUUCUUGGUUGCUUCCUCCAGAUUUUCCUAUAAUUGAUCAGUUUAGUAGCUUUAAUAAGAAAUCUCCACAUUCUUAUGGUUAUAUGGUGAGAAAUAAUGUCACAGGCAAUUCACGAAUACCUUCGUUCCUAUACCUUCAUUUAGCUCAUGACUUUGAUGUGCAAGAUAAAUUAUUUUUCUGUGACACUGACCAAACUUUUCUCCACAAAGUCCCUUGGUUAUUUGUGAAGUCAAAUAACUAUUACGUUCCUGCUCUUUUCUUGAUCCCGUCGUUUGAGCAAGAGUUGAACAAUCUUUUUCCAGAGAAAGAAACUGUCUUCCACUUUUUGGGGAGGUACCUUUUCCAUCCAACAAAUUCUGUAUGGGGACUUAUUACUAGGUAUUAUCAAGCUUAUUUAGCUCAAGUAGAUGAAAAAAUAGGCAUUCAAAUUAGAGUUUUCAGUUUAGGUGUAGCCAAUUUUAAGUAUGUGUUGAAUCAAAUCUUAGCUUGUACAACAAAGGAGAAUCUAUUGCCACAGGUUAACCUGAAUGAACCCAUAGUCAAUUCGUCUGGCAAGAUGAAGACUAUAAGCAUCUUGAUGACAUCUUUGAGUCCACGAUACUUCGAGCAGAUUAGGAACAUGUAUUGGCAGAAUCCUACUGCGACAGGAGAGAUUGUUAGUGUUUUUCAGCCAAGUCAUGAAGAGCAUCAACAAAGUGAGAAGCUGAUGCAUGACAGAAAGGCCUGGGCAGAAAUGUAUUUGCUGAGUUUAACUGAUAAAUUGGUUACAAGUGGAUGGUCCACUUUUGGUUAUGUGGCUUAUAGUCUUGGAGGUUUGAAGCCAUGGAUUUUAUACAAGUUUCAAAAUGGAACAGUUCACAAUCCACCUUGUUUCCGAGCAAAGUCUUUGGAGCCGUGUUAUCACUCUCCCCCUUACUACGAUUGCAAUAAGAAAACAAGAAGUAAUAACACAGUCAACAUUGUUCCUCAUGUGAGACAUUGUGAGGAUAAUAGCUGGGGUUUGAAGUUAUUUUGACCGGAUAAGGGAAAAACAAUUGUUGCAGGAGUAGUUAUUAUAACUUAUUGCAAGAUUCUUUCAUUGUUAUGAUUCUUAAGACACAAAUCCUUAUUGUUACAGUUUUUAAUGCAAGCUGAACCAUAAAUUUCUGUUUCUGUUGGGACUCUUAUUUGUCUUAUGGAAAGUA